UUGUUUUGACAUCAGCAGAAAGUGUGAGAUUUUUCUGGACAGAACGGAAAGCAGUGAACUUUACAAGAUGCCGGUGAUCGUUGAGUUACCUGAUGACCCACCACCAGUGACCUCUUACCCUCAGCCAGUGACCUCCGACGAUAAUCCGCCUCCUCUUGGGGACCAUCCCCUAGAUCUGCAGCCGGAAAAUGUUUCUCCAGGAAAGGUCAGUCUGAAAAAACCGACUGGUAACUCGAUCUUUAUAACAGAAAGUUCAUCGGGAGAGAAUUUGAAAGGAGUAGAAUUACAAUCUUCAGACGUCAACGUGGAAUCUAAAGAGAUCACUCAAGAAACUCCUAAGAAAGAAGAGAAUUUGGAUGGCUACCCAAGGAUAACAGUGAAGUCUCUGCAGCAGCAUUGUAAGCAACACAAACUCUACCGUACACCAGAGCUUAAUGACGUCUUGUACCUUCACUACAAAGGAUAUAUCAAGAUUGAGAAUCUUGACAAGUACACCGGUUUGAAGGCCCUCUACUUGGAAUGCAACGGAAUCCGUGUCAUUGAGAACUUUGAGAAUCAAACGGAGAUGCGAUGUUUGUACCUACAGCAGAACGUACUCAAAGGGAUUCAAAACCUGGAGUCUAUGCAGAAACUGGACACCUUGAACCUCAGUCACAACCACAUUGACAAGAUUGAGAACUUAGCUUGUCUUCCCAAGUUGAACACCCUCCAGAUUACUCACAAUCGUCUGACGACCGCUUCCGAUAUCCAGGAGUUGGAGCGAUGCGACAACCUUAGCGUUGUAGAUAUGUCUCAUAAUAGACUGGAAGACCCGGAAAUUGUUAAUGUUCUCGCUAACAUGAAGAUAUGUAGAGUGUUGAACCUGAUGGGAAAUCCAGUCGUUAAGAAGAUUAAGAACUACAGGAAGACUCUCAUUCUCAGAUUGAGAAAUCUGACGUACUUGGACGACCGCCCAGUUUUUCCACGGGAGCGAGCUUGUACUGAAGCUUGGCUUCAAGGAGGCAGGGAAGCAGAGAAAGAAGAACGACAACGUUGGAUUAACAAUGAAAGAGCGAAGAUACAGGCCAGCGUUGAUGCUUUAUUGGAGAUACGCAAUCGAGCCCAAGCUGCUCGAAAACAAAAAGAAGAAGAAGAAAAGAACUCCGCUCCAGAGACGAAUCUCUCUCCGGCUGAAGAUGAACACCUGUUUACAUUUGACGUCAGUAAAGCGCCCUCUAGUGCUGAGAAGAAGACAGGGAUGAUGAUUGAGGAGGUGACAUCACAAGGAGACGCCAAGGACCAGAAGAAGGUCUUCACCACGGAAGUAUAUGAAGAGGAGGACAUUGAGACCAUCGACCUCAGAGAAGAGAAGAUUAAUAUUGAUGAUUUACCAGAACUUGAAGACUUUGACACAGAAGAAAUGCUCCCUCCUGCUGCUCUGAGAAAAAUGCUCAUCGAAGAAGUGACAUCAGUCGAGCAACCAAGAGGAAAAAUAAUCAUUGAAGAAAUCAACCAAUCCUGGAGCUCCGCUAAGAUUACCGACCAAUCAAAUUCAUCCUUACUGAUGGAUGAUGAAGAGCCCGACGACCAAUCACAUCCUUUGAUUCAAGAAACCAACCAAUCAAAGUCAGACUUAAUGGACCAAUCAGAAGAUGUGGAGUCAAUGACAUCAUCAUCAGGAGCAUCCAAUAAGAUUCCUUUGAUUCAAGAAAUAUUUGAAUCUAACAAGACGAAAGCCGAAGCACCGAGUCUCAUCGAUGAGCUCAAGAAAUUUGGAGCCAGAAUUCCAAACAGCUGGGAGGUCCUCGAGAACGAGAAAAAAAGAAAAGAGCCGGAAGGAUCCGACAAAAGCAAAGCAGAAAAGAUCACCGAGGAGAAGAUAUGGGAGCUAGCGGCAAACGCCGGAUCAACCUUAGAUCGACCUGAUCCUCCACAGUGAUGCGUUAUCAUGGUAACAGGUACCUACUUAAUAGCAUCUUCAUUGGAGAGUUGGUGUCCGGUUGUGAAUGAUGCGACCAGAGAUGUGGUUGGUACCCGCUGUCACCUUGCUAAACAUGGAUGGAUUUAAUAUUCGUGUGAAAAACCUGUGACAGUUUGUUGCUGUUUUCCCCGCAAGUAGACACUGUAUUAAGCUGAGACUUUCACAGGUGACUUCUAUUGUAUCUUACUUGAUAAUAGACCUUAUGUGGAUGACGUCAUUUUAGUAGGGCGCCCUCACCUAGCGGUCAAAAGGAGGUUGUUCAUUGGCCAUUCCUGUGCGCCGCGCUGUGCAUUUUGAUUGUUUCGUCACCGUUUUACAUCUAAGAUGGCGGCUGCAUGGCGUCAAUGCAUAAGGUAUUUUGUGCUUGUAAGUCAGCAUUACACUGACUAAAACCAAAUCAACCCAACAUUUAAGAAAUCAAAUAAACGGCCGAAUGACAGAGGUAAUCUAUACUGUUCUUUUUCAAUGAGUUGAAAUUGGGAAAUACUGGCCCGAUGAUAUACUAGGGAGGUUUCGCAUGCGAACGGAGACGCAUACACAUACUUUUAGCUAUCUUUAACCUACUUACGUGUAGCAAACAGGAUAUCAGUGUUGUCUGCUCGUAGAGCAGAUAGUGAGUACCGUAUGACAUCAUAAUGAUGCGAAUCCGUCUCACUAACUGUAUCCGUUCUCAUGCAUGUAAAACCUCCCUAAUGUUCAUUUAUUUGAUCUGUUACAGUUCCAAAAAAAUUAAUAUCUAUAUACAUUUUAGAGACCUUUUUUAUCUCGUAUUGAACUUCCAACAUCAUUCCGGCCCCUUUUGUAAAUAUUGUAAUUAAAAAGCAUUGAUAGAAACAGUAACAAAACUCUAAUUAACUGAGUUCAUGUUUGGGGUUUGAAAUAUUUAAAAUUUAUAAGAUAAUAUGUUUUUAAGACUUAAUGGUGCUGUGUUUUUUAAAAACUGGUUUGUAAGAACUUAAGUUUUGUCAAAGUUAUGAAACUAAAGCCACGGUAACAUUAUGAGAUCAAGUUCAAUGGCUACUCCGACCUCAAAACAAACAUUUGUAUUAUAUCGUGUAAAAUUUAUUAUCCAAUCAUUUUUUGAUAGGGUUCGUUGUUAAGUUUUUUGUGUGAUUAUCUUCAAGAUAUUCUGUAAAUUGGUUGAUUCUGAUCGAUGCAACUUUGGACAAUGACCUGGGCCCAAUUUCAAAGAGCUGCUUAAAGCUUGCACAAAAAGUAGCUACCACAACAAAGUCAUACUUA